UAACAGUGACCUUUUGAGAUUGUUGGAAGAAGCAUCCUUCCUUUUUUCUAUUCCGUUUAUUCCAUUCUGCACUUGCACAAGGCCAUCCCGGGUGCCUCGCAGGCGCCGUUUCGAGCAGGAAGGAUGCGCUUUGGACGCAAGCUUGCUUUACAGGUGACUUCCGAUCAGUCUGGAGCACCUUACCUCUCCCACAAAGCCAUGAAGGAGGCGAUCAACAAGACAGUGCGAGAUUUGCGGCUGUACCAGUCCCGGUGUCAAAGCCUGCAAAACUUCAAGGCAGGCAUGAUCUUGCCCGAAGGGGAGGCUUUGCCCACGAUGGAAGAAUUGGCAAAGUUGGAGGAGCAAAUCAAGGAAUUGGACAGGGAUCUUUUUGCCAUUGUGGACGAGGAUCUCGAGAAGAUUUUCUUUCACGUUCGUCAGACGGAGGCAACCUUGGAGCCGGGCUUGUCCCAGCUGCAGGAACAGGCCAUGCGAUGUGGACUUUUGAUGGAGGAUUCUGUUCUAAAGCAUUUGCAGGACGUCCUGCCGAUCACUCUGGAGAGUCCGGCUGAGAUUUGUCAACGGCUGAUCGACAUGCGGAUGAUGCAAGACCCGGUGGCGAUGGCGAUCGGGAUUCAUGAGCUGAUUUUGAUGUACAACACCUUCUUGGAGCAACUGGACGAGCACACCCAGUACUUGGAGAUCAACGUGGCGGGAUUCCGGAAGCUCCUGAAGCGCCACGAAAAGCAGGUGCCCCACAUGUUCCACGCGUCCAAGACGCCAAGCUUAGGCUUUCACAAGUUGGUGACAAAGAGUUCAAGGCAGCUGAUUGACAUUACCACCAUGAUGUGGAUGAGCUGCUCAGCAGUUUGUCCUUCCAGUGACAUUCUGUGGUCCCGAUGAGGCUCGAAAUUCGCGGGAAGUGGAGGUGCCGCUCCCUUCGUCACAGGUGGGAAAUCCGUUGUUCGUCAAUUCGGGUUGAAGAAAGAGGAAUCCGGGGAGUAGCAAUGUGAGUGUCCAGAAGUGAACUUCGAGUCUUUAUUGUUAUUACUAUUUAAAGAAGC